AUGAGCAUAAAUGAUCAAAAACAGAGAAGAAGAAGAUCAAAUCAAAAGCAAAAAGAAAUGAAUUACCCUGAAAAUGAGUAUUAAGUUGAAUUUUAAGAUGGAGAGCUCUCAUAAUUAGACCAUUCUUCUAAUAUUCAAAAAGUGAAUACAAAUAAAGGAUUACAAUCAAGAAUGUUUCAAAAUAUUUACUUUAAUAGAAUUUCGCUUAGAGAGUACAUCACCUUAGUUAGACUAGAUGAAUUCACAAACCCGAUAGUAUUAAAAGAUAAUGAAAAUAUCAUUUCUAAUAUUCGAGAUGUCAUCUAAAAUAUAUUUAAUGAGUUAUCUUUAUAUGAAAACAGUCUUUUAGUGUGUAAAGAUUCACUAAGAAAUAAAUAUGUCGUUUACUUUCAUAACUGUGAUUUGAUGCCAUUUAGUUAUUGCUGCAAUUAACCAGUAUUAGUUGUCCUUGAUAAAUUUGGGUCAGGUAAAGUAAAAUGCUAAAAUUCUCCAAAUCUAUGCAAGAAUUAAGGAGUAUUAUCUCCAUCUUUUAAAGUAAACUUAAAUGACCCAUAUAGAUAAAACAAUAAAUUUCACGAAUAAGUGAGCAUAAAUCAGAUUAACUAAAAAUACUCUAAAGAGAUUUCUAAAAGAGUAAUAAAUGGAAGCUACAAAGUGUUUAACAUUUAGCAAAAAAUAAAAUCUAAAAAUAAGGAACUCAAGAAGUUUAUUGAUGAAGAUAUUUACAAGGAUAACUAAAUGCAUUCUAUAAUACCUACAUCCCAUAAUAAUUCGAUAAAUACAAUUAAUAUUAAAUAAAUAUAAAACACACUUGUUGAUAUAUAAAAUAUUUCUUCAUCAAAUCACUAAAGUUAGUACACUCAUAAACGCAACAGUUAAAGGAAAGAUUAUUAUUAGCAUUUUCUAGAGAAAAUUGAUAUUCCAUCGUUAAAUGUUGAUAAUCUUAUAAGGGAAUAAAACUAAGAUUCAUUAAAUAGCAUUUCAUACCUGCCUAAAUUUUAUAUCAAAACAGAUAGUUAAAAUAAAGGAAUUAAAAUAGCAUAGAGUAGUAAUGUAAGUAAUAAUGUAAGCUAUGCAGAUGAUUCAUUUAUUCCUUCAGCUCUUAAAAAAAGACUAUUUACUCCAGAUAAAUCCAAGAGAAAAGGAAGAGAGAGUGAAUGUCUACCUUAAUCAAAGUUAAGCGAGUAUCAAGAUAUUUAACCACUCAAAAACAUAUAAAAAACAAAAGAAUUUUAAACUCUUUAAAAAAUAAGAUAAAGAAUUUCAUCGUUGACUGGUCAUAGUCCUAACACUAAAUUAUCUGAUUAUGAUCAUUAUAAACUAGAUGGAUAUAAUUAUUAAAUACCAGAAGCUGUUGAAUAUCAAAAUUAAAUUAAUUUUAGUUAGCAGAUAAAAACUCAAGCAAGUGGAUCAAUCUUAUUUAACAAAAAGCCACUCAAAACAGAAUUUGAUUAAUUGUAAUCCUAGUCUUCAAAUCAUGACAAAGGAUAUAACCUGUUGAGCCAACCAGCAGCUUAAUAUUCUGAAAUAUCAAGUUAUACAAACUAAAAUGUAGAAAAACAUUGUUUACAAAAUAUUAAUGAAAAUAAUAAUUAAGAAAAUGAACAAGAAAAUGAGGAAGAUUUUAUGACUGAUAAAAAGUAUAAUUUUAAGCAUAGUUUAACCCCUUUAACUUACAAUGAUUAUAAAAUAGUAAAAACUAAAAAUUCCCCUAAAUCAAGUAAUAACCCUUAAUAAAAGCCUUCUCUUAGCCCUUCUUCUGCUAGAAACGCUAAUGACCAUAAUAAAUUGCAUGUAUUUUAGAGUGUUUUAAGAAAACAGCUUAAACCUUAUAAAGAUAUAGUCUAAUAACUUGGGAUAGCUCCUUAAAUGCAAUCAAAUAUUCUAGGAAAUUAUAAAAAUUCCAUUACUAUGUAAAAAGGUAUAAUACCAUCUUUACUUUGA